CCAGCUGGCGGGUAACAGCGUCGAAUUCUGGUCUGCUAACGAUUGUCCAAUUUGGCAGCCCUGUACCGGGGAUAUGAGUCCUCCGGAUCGUGGCAUCCGUUUCCGCCUAAUCAGCUGACGCCAGACUCUGUCUUUUCCUGGCGAAACGUGACCCUGCUUCAGGUUAGGUGUCAUCAUGGGUCGCCGUCCCGCGCGUUGUUAUCGCUAUUGCAAGAACAAGCCCUACCCCAAGUCUCGUUUCUGUCGGGGUGUGCCUGAUCCCAAGAUCCGGAUCUACGAUCUGGGACGCAAGAAGGCCGGUGUGGACGAGUUCCCUCUGUGCGUGCAUCUGGUAUCGGAUGAGUAUGAGCAACUGUCGGCCGAGGCUCUAGAGGCCGGAAGAAUCUGCUGCAACAAGUACAUGGUCAAGCACACGGCCAAGGAUCAGUUCCACAUUCGGAUUCGCGUGCAUCCCUUCCACGUGUUGCGCAUCAAUAAAAUGUUGAGUUGUGCCGGAGCCGAUCGACUCCAAACUGGAAUGCGUGGUGCCUUUGGCAAACCCCAGGGUACUGUAGCCCGCGUACGCAUCGGACAGCCCCUUAUGUCGGUCCGAACCUACGACAAGCAUAAGGACUCCGUCAUUGAGGCUCUGGGACGUACCAAGUUCAAGUUCCCCGGCCGUCAAAAGAUCUACAUCUCCAAGAAGUGGGGUUUCACCAAAUGGGAUCGUGAGGAUUUCGAAGGUAUGCGCGCCAGUGGUCGCCUCGUCACUGACGGUGUGGGUGUUCAAUACAAGCCCGAGCACGGGCCCCUCUCCGAAUGGUGCCGCAUCCAAGCUGCCCUGGCUGGAGUUUGAAUACCACGACACACCCCUAUGGCGAUUUUGGAUAAAUGAUUGGGAAUGGACAAUCGACGUUUCGAAUAAACAUUUCCUAUCAUCCA